AUGGCUUUCGUUCGCGCGCAGUCGAGCGCGAGCGCGUCGAGCUCGAGGACGAGCGCGCGAACGUUGGUGCGACGCACCCGCGGUCGGGCGUGGCGGCGAACGCGCGCGCGCGCGUCGCCCCCGACCUCGGACGGCGCCCUGGACACUCUGGAGCUCACGGCGGAUAACAUUGAGAAAGUGCUCGACGAGGUGCGACCGUACCUCAUCGCGGACGGUGGUGACGUCGAGCUCGUGGAAAUCGAUGGUUUAAGCGUCAAGCUCAAGCUCAAGGGCGCGUGCGGGUCGUGCCCCUCGAGCACGGUGACCAUGAGGAUGGGGAUCGAGAAGCGUCUCCUGGAGAAGAUUCCAGACAUAAUGGAGGUGAUCCAGAUCGAGGACGAGAUCGAGGGCUUACCCCUGACCGAAGAAAACGUCGAGCAGACGCUGAACGAAAUCAGGCCCUACCUCGCCGGAACCGGCGGAGGGGUGUUAGAGCUCUUAGAUAUCGAAGAACCCAUCGUCAAGGUGCGCCUGACGGGACCGGCGGCCAAGGUUAUGACGGUUCGCGUCGCCGUGACGCAAAAGCUGAGGGAAAAGAUCCCAUCCAUCGCCGCCGUGCAGCUGGUCGAGUAA